AUGAUAGUGGUACUGUCUAUUUUUAAACCAUUUGUAUUCAUUUACCAAUUCCUAUAUCGUGUCUUUUGGUCGGGGUUGAACCAGCGAAACAUUUGGCAAUUACCACUCAAUUUUUGCAUCAAUUUCAGUCCUAUAUUUAUUUGGCUAUUGAUCUUCAAAAAUGCCGGAAUCAUUCCACACUCAAUAAGACCAACCAUCCACGUGAAGUUGCCAUACAGGUUGGAUAUGUUUAUGUUUGAAACAUUCUGGGGAAGUCUAAUGACCUUGGGGUUCUCAAGCGGCCUCGGGUUCUUGAUGUAUUUUGGCAUCUACCUGCAAAAGCAAAAGUUUACUGGAUUUAGAAGAAGGCGACAAACCGACAAACUCACAAAUGACCAGAAAUAUCUGCCAAUCAAUGAAUGGGACUCGGAAGAAGAAGAAUUUACUACUGAAAGCGGUGGUCGUGGCGGCAACAACAACAACAACAACAGCAGUAGUAGUAGUAGCAGCAGCAGCAGCAGCGGUGGCAGCAAUAGCUCCUCCUCAUCGUCAUUUGACAUUGAAAUGUCAUCAUUUGAUAUUGAUGAAGUGACAGGGGAGGUUGACGCAAUAGAAGAACUGGGGCAUUUGCAACGAAUUGGUAAGUUUGGGUACCCAUUAUUUCCACUGCAACAUACAAAUUUCCAAGCUUGUCCCCAUCAUAAAGACUUUACGUACUUUAAGACUCUUUCGGUUGAUGAGAUCAAUUCAAACGCACAACUUAUUAAUGAACGAUUUAUCAGAAACAGCAAAUUGCAUUUUCUUCCCAUUAACUCAUGGCACUUGGCACCAGCUUGUCUUUUUGCAUCAUCAUGGUUGAUUUUGAACUUUGUCUUUUGGUUGAGAAACCCUAUUAGGACGUGGGAGGAUCUUUUGGCAUGGACAUCGUACGUGUUGGGCCACAUCACCGUGCCCAUUGUUACUGCAGUCUGGCUCUAUGUGUUUCAUGCACCAGGUGUGCUCAAGUCGUAUGCGUUGGCUAUGGGAUUUCAAAAUAUUUGUGGUGUUGUUACCCACCUUUUGUUUCCAUGUGCGCCUCCGUGGUUUGUUCAUAAAAAUGGUGAAGAUGCACCUGCGAACUAUGAAAUGUUGGGCUAUGCUGCAGGAUUGAUUAGAGUUGAUGUUGCUUUGGGCACACACCUCAACUCCAAUGGGUUUCAUAUUCUGCCCAUUGUGUUUGGUGCUGUGCCUUCACUUCAUUCUGCAAUGGCAGUGAUGACAUUCUUUUUUGUUGCAUACUAUUCUAGAUGGAUUGGGUUGAAAUUGUUGGCGCUUGGGUUUGUUGUGUUGCAGUGGUGGGCUACUAUAUAUUUGGACCAUCAUUGGAGAUUGGACUUGUAUGUUGGAAUGAUUUAUGCCAUUAUUUGGUUUACAAUUAUAUACACGUGGAGGCUAAAGAAGGUGAAUCAAAAGUUUAUACAACUGAGAUUGCAAUAUGCAUUUAGUGAGGGUGGAAGUACGAUGGGAAUGAGAGUGUUUAGAAAUACUAGCAUCCAAUGGUUCUUUGAUCCAUUGGCAUAG